AUGGCCGACCCAAGGCAAAGAAUCAUCAUCAAGGUCUUCCGGAAAUACAGCCAUUCAUUAGGCCCCGAAUCACUGGAGUUUCUGGAAGAGAUUUUGGACCGUCAUGAGAUACCUGACGAGGAGGUAGAAUUCUCCAUUGAGUGGAUAGCGAAGGAGUACAACAAGCAAGAUGACGCGCAGAUGAAAGUGUCGCUAGACGUCCUUCAACGGGUGUACGACGCGUUCCAAAACUCUGGGGACAACCCCGCAGAAGAAGAACAGGAAGCAAUUGAUCCUGAUAGUCACUUGCAUUUCAUUGACGCGUUCGAUAUGCCGUUGUGGCAUUGGUCUCAGGAGAGAAGCUCGUUCGAAAGAGCAGCUGGAGCUCUCACUAUAUCUGGCUCUGCUGAUUCCCAAGUCAUGGCUAUGCGGAAUAGACUGAACGUCAUCCGGCAGACGGUUCUGCGAAAUGAUCACUUCUCUCCAUCGACUCUACCCUCUCGUGAUCGCGAACGCCUCCUGACGUUACGGUCGACAAAACAACUGCUAGGGCGUGCGGGAGAGCGCUUCUUGCUAUUCGGCAUGCUGUCUCAUAACAAGGAGGGUAAACUCUGCUUAGAAGAUCAGGACGGGGCCGUGGAGCUUGAUUUCUCUCAACUGGACCAACCAAGCGAGGGACUAUUCACAGAAGGAUGUUUCGCCCUCGUCGAGGGGGACUACACGGAUGACGCAACGCUAAGCGUCAUUGCCAUAGGACACCCACCAUGCGAGAGCAGGGAAUCAGCAAGGUCAAUCUACGGCCACAUCGACUUCCUUGGGAAGGGCGCGACCACUUUGCUAGAGGAUACACAAUUGGCAGCUCGCGUCCGCCUAGACCUUCCGGACCUACGAUUUUUCGUGCUAUCUGACGUCUGGUUGGAUCAUCCUGACACGCUUCGAGGGUUGAGGAAGAUGUUCGACCAUUGUAUGGAGAACAGCUUCAUCCCACGAGUCAUGGUGCUAUGCGGGAACUUCAGCAAACGUGGACUCCAGCAAGCGGACAGCCGAGAAGCUCGUCAGUUCCAAGACCACAUGGACAACCUGGCGGAUCUAAUCGUGGCAUACCCGUUAAUUAUGCGUACGACGCAUUUCGUAUUUGUCCCCGGUCCUCUAGACGCCGCUGUGAAUUCUGCUCUGCCGCGGUGGCCGUUGAUGUCGUCGUUCAUUGCGCGUCUCAAGUCACGCAUACCCAAGGUACACUUCGGCUCAAACCCAUGCCGGAUCAAGUUUUUCGAGCAGGAAAUCGUGAUCUUCAGGGAGAACCUCAUGGCAAGAAUGCUGCGAAACCUAGUAGGCGUCAAGCCCAACGUGCACACGGACGACUUGAAGCGAUACCUCGUACAAUCAAUAUUGGACCAGAGUCAUCUUGUUCCUCUGACGACUUCCAUACAACCUGUCCUACAUGACUUUGACCACACCCUCCGGCUGUAUCCACUGCCAACUACGGUCGUCCUCGCCGACAAGUAUGAUAGAUAUCAGAUGACAUAUGAAGGAUGUCAUGUCUUCAACCCAGGUAGCUUCGUAGGCAGUUCGUUCACCUUCUCGGCAUAUACGCCCUCCCGGCGGGAGUCGGAAGAAUGUGUCCUAGACCUUGAGGGGGAAUGA